AUGCCCGUGGACACGGACUCAUGCAAGUCCAUGUUUUACAAGAUUGCAGAUAUUGCCUAUGGUAUUGUUAUCAUUUCAGUCUUAAAUUUAGAUAAUUGUUUACACCUUGUAGGGUUUCCAAACGUAUUGGGAUGUGUUGAUGGCACGUUCAUAAGGAUCAUUGCCCCAAAUAGAGCUGAAGGUGACUAUGUGAACAGAAAGGGAUUUCAUUCACUCAAUGUUCAGAUGAUCUGUGAUGCACAGUUUAGAGUUACCAACUGUGUGGCUAAAUGGCCUGGAAGUGUGCAUGACAGUAGAAUUUUCCGGGACAGUCAAAUCAGUGUGGCAUUCGAAAAUGGUACUUACAAGGGUUUACUUCUGGGAGACUCUGGCUACCCAUGCAAGUCCUACCUAAUGACACCGUAUCUAUCUCCAGCAAACAGGGCUCAAGAAAAAUUCAACAGAAGUCAAACGAAAACCAGAGUUCUUAUUGAGCAAACAUGAAUCCUUAAGCGCAGAUUUUCUUGUCUGCACAGUGGUUUGCGCAUGUCACCCAAGAGUGCAUGUAACGUAAUUGUUACAAGUGUAAUAUUACAUAAUAUCGGCAUUGACCGCCAAGAUGUAAUUAAUGUUGAUUACGAUGAUUGUAAUGAUGAUAAAUUCACUCUCCAAGUUGCUGAUGAUCUGAGUGGAACAAAUGUUAGAAAUUAUCUUUGUCAGUCAUACUUCACCUGAAUAUUGUACAAAUUAUCUUCAAAUGAUGAUUUCUUAUAUAACAUAAUGAACAAACAAAUUUUCAUUGUGUGAAAUAUUCCAUGUACAAAUAUGCUAGUUGGAUUCUAUGUAAUCACAAAUCACUGCUCAUUUUGACAUUUCAGCUUCAUUAUUUCCAAUUGUAAUUUUUCUUUUUUCAGU